AGUCGCGUUCCAUUUGCAGAAAGGUCGGUAAAUAUUGGUUUUCACCUGCGCUGUCGUUGCACGGAUUACUUUAUCUUGACACCUUGCCAGUCGGCAGACGAGUAAGCAGCUGCAUUAAGAUAAGCCAUCGACUUACAUGCUCAAGGCCAAAUGAAUUUGAGAAUGUUGGCUCCAUUAUUGUGGCUAUUUAUGCUCCACUGUGUGGCUCUCACGGCCCGGCCACUUAGCUUGAGCAACUGCAGCAAGACGGAUCUCACUGAUCUGAACGAAACCAUUAGCGCCUUGAGCUUGCGCAACUGCAGCAUAGAGCGGCUGGAUAAUGCCUUCUUUUUGCGCUACACUCAACUGCUGAGCUUGGAGCUAAACGAUUGCGGUCUCAUCGAACUGGACGAUUUCGCGCUGCAUGGCCUGCCGCUGCUUCAGACCCUCUCGCUGGCCUACAACAACCUAACUGUGGUCAAGUCCUGGUCUAACGAGCCGCUGGCCGCUCUGGGCACACUUGACUUGCGUCACAAUGCGAUAGGGGCACUAAAUGAGAAAAGUUUCGACCGCUAUCCCCAGCUACAGCAUUUGAAUCUGGCCGCCAAUCUCAUUGAGCAGAUCGAAGCGGGCAUAUUCCACGGUCUAACACAUCUGAGGCACUUGAAUCUGGGCCGCAAUCGACUGCAGGUAAUCGAUGGAAGCAUGUUCGAUGGCCUGCACCGCUUAUCGACGCUAUCACUGCACUAUAAUGCCAUCGGGCUGGUGGAACCAGAUGCCUUUCAGAGCAACACCCACUUGCGAACGCUUCGCCUGGAGGGUAAUCGUCUGGAGAGCGUCCAGUUUCUCAGAGAACGUGGUCUCUCGCGUCUGGUCAGCCUUAAUCUGUCGCACAAUUUGUUGAAGCAACUUCCACACUUUUCCUUCUCCAAAAACUAUGAGUUGCAGCACCUCGACAUAAGCCGCAAUUCAUUGUGCGAGCUGACAAACGACAGCUUGGCUGGGUUGGAAUCGUUGGAGCGUUUAAAUCUCAGCCAUAAUACACUGUCUCAUAUGGAAGAGCAUAGUCUGGCGCCGCUUACUAGUCUACUCCAACUGGAUAUUAGUGCGAAUUUGUUGACCAACUUGUCCUCGGCCUUAUUCCACUCAAAUCGGCUGCUCCAAUACCUUAAUUUAUCGCACAACAAGCUAAAGGUAAUGGAGUCCCAGCUACUGGAGCAUUUGGCCCAAUUGACAAACCUACAAUUGGCCCACAACAAGCUGGAUAGUGUCGAUUGGUUACAGCAUUUACCAUCAGCUCUCAAUCGCCAGGCGCUGAGCGUGGAUCUCUCCUCAAAUCGUCUGCACUCGGUCGAUCAGAGCAUCCUGAAUGGCUUCAAGCUCAUCAACCUGGCCGAUAACCCCUGGGACUGCAAUUGGCUGAUCAAAAAUAUGUUACGUACAUCUCCCGCAUCCAUAAAUUUUGCACGCUCUUGGCCAACGAUCAGUGCCGAGACUGAAAGUGUAUUGAACAUUGAGGGCUUCGAUUGUUUCGAUGGCCAGAAAAAUCUCUCGAUUGUCUUGCUGGAUGUGUCCAUUGUGCGGAAACAGUCCGAUGUGGCAUCCAGCUGUGAGCACGCUACUGACGAAGGAAAUCUCACACCACCGCCACUCACUUGGCCCAAAAUACGCACGGAUCGCUUUGAUUCGCGUUCGGUUAUAAUUUGGAUGCUGGUGGCCAUUGCUCUGGUAUUUGCGGCCCUACGUUGGGCGCGUCGUCAUGUGGAUCGCAAGGAUAAGCAGAAGAAUUAUCGCCAGGCAACAAAUCAUUGCAACAAUGCCAAAUAACUAAGCUAAUUAAUUGUUUUACUGCUUUCUGCAACCAGGAUUUUUAAUACUUAAUCAAUUUAUAACAAGAGAGAACGCUACAGUCGAGCAAGCCCGACAGUGUAAUACCCUGUACCCAGGUAAACUUCCGUCACUGAGUUAUAUGCGCCCAUAGCAGCAG